AGGCUCCGAGCCGGAGCGGCUGCGAGGGCCCCUCUCCAAUUAGCCACCGGUGCUCACCCACGCCCUUCCUCCCGCCGCAUAAAGCCCGGCGGGGCCGCGCCGGCUGCCACCAUGCUGGCGGCGGCACGUCCUUCCCGCGAGUGAGGAGGAACGGUGGUGCCUGCAGCGGCUUCCCGGCCUUUUUCUGCCGGUCCGUGCCUGACGCUUGCCCUGUUCGUGGAUUCGGGGCCGCUUUGUUUUGGUUUUGAUCCCCGUCGCAGCUGCAGCAGCCGGCUCUCCCGCAGAGCCGCUCCGGCCCGCUCGAGGCUUCCUCAGCAGCAGCAGCCGCCGCUGCCCGCGGGCGGUGCGGGGCCGAGCCGAGCCAGCCGCCUGCGGCGGGGCGAGCGGCACUGGGAGUGCGGCGGCGGCCGGGACACCAUGCCUGCCGCCUUCUCCGCGAAGCGCCCGGGGCGCCUGCUGCGGCUGUUGCUGCUCUGCCUCUGCCUCUCGGGCGGGAGCCCCGCAGAUGCAACUAUGACAACACAAGAUGCCAGUCAGUCUCUGGCAAACUCUUUGACUAAGAUGCAAGCUGGACUUACUGAAUCAUUUCCUGAGCCCAUGACAACUAUACAAACUGCCAACUGGCCAACUCAGGGGAGCCCUUCAGAUCAUUUGACACUUGGACAUAAUGGAUCUACACCUGCCUUGUUAGGUCCAGAUCUUACCACACAAGAGUUCAAGCAGGCAACCAAAGAGAACGUGUCUAAUGUCACUUUUGUGGAGUAUGAGGUACUCCUACCUGGUGUUCCUGGUACUUCCAUGGAAAAAAAUAUCACUUUGGACAGUGCAACGAUAAUUGAACUUUCAUGCAGAUUGGACAAUAAAUAUUCUCGUUUGAAAAGAUUUCAAGUGACUUGGAAGAGGGGAAAUGAAACAAUCAGACACAUUGAUAAAACUGAAAACAGCUGGAGCAUCCAAUUGAAGAUCUUGGAUAGCAGUAAGCUGGGAAGUUACAGCUGUACUCUGAAAGGUGAAGAAGAAAUCAGUGCUGUGUUUUAUUUACAAGUACCAAAAAUUGAAGGAAAAGAAAAACCCAUAGUCAGUUAUGAAGGAGAUUCAGCUAUAAUGAUUUGUAAAAGUUUUGGCUAUACUCCCAUUGCUUGGACCUGGUAUAUGAUGAAUGGAAGUGAACAGAUUGCCAUUAAUGACUCUUUACUGGCAGACAAGUAUGUAAUUAACAGCGUAUCUGCCAAUGUAACCCAUUUGAAGAUACUGAAGCUCACCAAGGAAGAUGAUGGUGUAUAUUGGUGUGAAGCUGCUUUUGAAUUAGGGAGAAGUAAAGGAAACCUGAAGCUUAAAGUCCUAUCCCUCAUGGUGCCUCUCAAACCCUUUUUAGCAAUUGUGGCUGAAGUUGUUAUUUUAGUAACUAUUGUUUUCCUUUAUGAGAUGUAUUCGAAAAAGAAAGAGAAAUGUGCAGAAGACGAGAAAGAAUUUGACCAAGCUGAGCAACUAAAAUCAGAAGAAAGCAAUGGUCUGGAAAACAGUAGUGCUAGGAACAGAAAAACUUAAUCUGGUUCCAAAAAAGGCUGCUACUACUGAUGCCAGCUGGAAAUGCUUGUCAGAGGAUGGUCUGUCAGUUGAGGACCAAUCCUACACACUCUAGCUAUUUCCCCUUGUUAUUCCCUCUCUGCAGCUGGCACCCCAAUCUCUCAUCUCAAGAUCAGAGGUGUGAGUGACUUUGCAUUUAUGUCACUGCUGGUACUGUUUUUCCUCAUCACAAGCCAUCUACCUGAAGGAAGAUUGUUUCUAUACCCCUUGUUUUAAAGGACAGAAAGAGAAGUGUCAGGUAAAGUUCAUGUAAAGAAAGUAACAAAUCAGAAAACAAGAACAAAUACUCUCCAAGAAUAUAUUUUCUCCUCUGUUUCCUGCAUGUUGUUGUACUUGUUGAUUACUGUGACUUAGGUUCCCAAGGAUUUAUCCCAUAUUGGAUCUAAGGUACCAUUCUUGUAAAGUCCUUUUGGCCCAUGACACUCAGUGAAUUACUAGGGAUUCAGAUUUGCAAAUUGAACUAUUCAAAAAAAUGGCAAAAUACAAACUGGAGUGAAGUUUAUUUUCAAAGAAAUAUGGGAAAAUAUUAGGCAGCAAAAUAAUAGAAUUCAUUUUAUAAGGAAACUUGUUUAUACUUUUUUAAUUCAGCAGAUUUAAGCCAACAGAAGUGGAAGUCAUCACAAAGCUACAGAAGAUGUAUAUGACUAUGCAUUUUAAACAUCCACUAUGCUUCCAAGUAAACUCCUCUACACAUACAAGAAAUAAGAUGCUUUUAAAAUAGCUGUGAAACUGCUCAUUUUAUACAGAUCAUAAUGUAUUCUGAUGUACUGCAUUUAGACCUUUGCUGUCUGUAACAUUGUCACUUUACUACUAAAAGGCAGUUUUUACAUGAUCAGACUUCCUGUUGGUUUAUGACUGACCUGUUUGAUUUUGUCCUAAAUUGGAACUAAUCUUGCAUUCACGGAAUGAACAGGUAAUACAGAAUGGGCCUAUUACCUAAGUGUUACAAAGCUGGACUCGCAAGAUCAAAGAAGUAUUUCCACCAAAGAAAAUGCCUUUUACUAGCAGGUGAAGCAAUCGUGACACAGCUAUUUUUACCAAAGAAAUUGUCAAAGGGAAAUCUUUGUCAUGAUUUAAAUGAAACAUUAACAGUUUUGCAAUUUGCUCUGAACAGUAAAAUGUCUUCAUUCUAACUUUUCUUAGCUUCAUUUAAAUGAGAAAGCAAUAUAGGUAUGUUCUGAAUAUUUAAGAUACGAAUUUUCCUAAGAAGUCCUGCCAUAUGUCUGUGGUACUAUACUGUAAUUCUGAAUAGGCUAAAUACUUAAAUACUGUACAGAUCAGAUAUUUCAGUGGUAUUUUGGUGUAGAUGAAGGAAGGAAAGGGGAUACAGUACCAUAUCAGAAUAUAACUGAAAUACUUCCUUACACUUGCAGAAAUUACUACAGGAUCUGAGAGCUGCAAAACCAGUUUUGUAAUUUAUGCAGAACACAGAAAUUUCACAAAUAUACCUAUAUGGUUCUUACCAUACAUCCUGUCUAGUUGGUACUCUUACUUCUUGCAGCGUACUGUAUUGUUCCUUAAACUCCUCCCAGAGCACAGAGACAGUCUUGAACAGCUAAAAUUUUCAGGGUAAUAGGAUAAAGCAACAUGAAUACCACUAGUUCUCUUAUACAUAAAAUUGUGUGACGCUGCUGUUAAGACUUAGGAUAUUGCUUUAGAAGAGCUAGUUGCCAUAAUUUUAAAUAUACCAUUUGGUACGUUAUGCAUUCAGAAAUUGAAAAAUGUGCAGCUAAUAGAAAAAGAGUUGAUUGCAUUGGUUGCCUUUGCCAAUCCAAAAGAAAAAUAAGAAAAACUUCCAUUUUAAGAAAGGGAAAAUUAAAGUCUUCAGAAGAAUUUCUUCUUUUAAGAAAAAUGUAAGGAAAAAUGCAGCAUUUGCAAACUCCUUAGCGAAGUGAAAGGAAAAAAAUAUCUAAAUAGAAUUUCCUCAACUGGUCGUUUCUCUUUGAUCAUAAAGGAAUACAGAAAAAUAAAGCAUAAAAUAGAUUUAAUUACCUUUCUUUUUUAUUUUACUGUUCUUAUGGGUUUGAAAAUGUCAGAAAGCCUAGCAUUGGCUGUUUUGUUGGAGAUGGGGACAAAAUCCAGUCUGAUCUAUGCUUUUUUGGUUUUCAUAGUUUAUUUUGCAGCUUUAACAACUACAAGUUAAAAGUCCAAAUAAAAAAUGGGAAAUACAAGCAUUAAGUGAUUGACUGUAAGGGCUGCACACUGAUAAAGAUUUCCCUUGUUAGAAAACUGUUUAUUAUAUUUUGCCUUGGAGUUUCUAUGCACUGUAAAAAACGAGAAUGCAUUUACAGGUUUUUAUAUGAAUUUAUCAUUGAUAUAACGGCAUCUUUGUUGUAGCAAGUAAAUGUUUGUGGUUUAAAAAGAUUUACUCCUGUAUAUUAAUUGUUUGAAACAUAUAAUUUUAUUUUUUGUAGAAAAUAGAUUUUUGUAGGAAAUUCAGUAGUAAAAAAAGUAAGCUUACUUACAGAUCUAAGUUAGAUUCUAAAUAAAGCAGAAUUAGUAUCUUUUGCAACAAAAAGGAGGCUAGGUACUAUUUGGAAAAAAUCCCACCUUUUAAUCAGAAAUGGUAACAACUUAUUUCUAUCUUCAGUGAGCAUUGCUAUCUGAUCUUGACAUUGUGGUAUGAAGUCUGGGCCAACAUAGGCAAGUUACAUGAAUAGAUGCUUUUUUGGUGUUGGCAAACAAGGGCUGCACUGAAGGCAGACAGGAACUGGAGAACCUGGAUUAAGCGUGGAUUUUAGAUCUGUGAUGUGUUCCUCCUAUCAGGACUAUAUUACAGUUUGGUAAAGUUGGCUGCUGUAACUGUAGCUUUGUGUUCACCUGCCUCUAGCACAUUCUGUUUGUCAUAUCUGCAGGGAUUUGUGUUUUAUUUUUAGGUUGGCAAGUAGUCACUUCAUCUUGGUAAGUGGUUUUAUUCCUCAUAUGUCUGCCUAAGUUCAAACCUUCUUGGGUUCCCCUACAGAGGGGCAUAAUAAAUAAUAUUAAAUGAUAAAUAUUAAAUAAUUGGCAUAAUUAACAGUCAUAACUUCAAAGGCAUAAACCCUACUUUUUUAGUCCAGAUACCACAUAGGAAGCCCUGAAAAUCUAGAAAUGUAUUUUAUGAGAAAUAACAUGUUGUAUAUGUUCAAAACGUUCCUACUGCAGUUGCAUUGUAUAUCUGUUUAUUAUGCAAACAUAGCCUUCAAUAAAACAAAAAUUUGGCAACCUUAAAAAAAAAAAGUCUAGGCAAUGAUUUUUACCUUAUUCAAGCCAAGAGAUACCAAAUGAGAGCCAAAACAAUUCUGAAGAUAAUUCCUUCCAACAGCAGUUAGAGCUAAGUGUAAGGAUCCAAAAAUUAGUUUUAAUAACAAACAUUAAUCUGUAAUAAUUGACUUACAUGUGUAGGUUGAGUCUAACCAUUACAUUUGUUUGGCAGAUCUUGUCUUCCAAGAUCAAAUCCUUGUUUUCUUGUAAGAGGUGGUAUGUUACUUGUUUCUAUACCAACAAAAGCCUUAUCAUUUCUUAGAGGAAAAGACUGAAGUCUGCAAAAGAAUCCUGAAGGGUUGUAUCCUAAUGCUUCAAAUUGGUCACUGCAAAUUCCUCCUUUCCAUAGGUCCAAAGUAGACACAAGCAGCUGUGAGACCAGAUUCCUAGUGAAGAUUGACAAAUAUUAGAAGAGCUUCCAAGCUGUGAGCUCAGGUAGAACUGUAUGAAUAUUUCCUUAGGAUGGAGACCUAAGAAUUACCCCGUAUUGGGCCAAGAUAAUUAAGUGAUUAGCUACAGGUCAUUUGACAUGCACAAUCCUGAGGAAGAGAGGAGAAACCCAUCAGUAUUGAUGGUAACACUGGAAGCAGCAUCCAUGUGCCUCUGUUUUUCAGCCAAAGAAAAUAAGGUUUAUAUUCUGGCUUUAAAUACACCCUCAAAACUUUUCAACACUGACUGCUGAGCAAUAAAAAGGAGAAAGAAACUGACUGGCAUCUUCACUGUAGGGGGAGUUGUUCAGCUGAGUGGUUCCCCAAGUGUUGAGCUACCCAGCACGUGCAGGCUGACCACAAUUAUCCACAUCAUGUUGGCAGUUCUAGCUGGGAGCUUCCCAAAAAUAAUAAGGGGCAAGGAGUGAGAAAGAAACCAGUUCAGAAUGGUUGUAGGGACAUGGGAAGGACCUGCAAGUAUCCCGUAAGGGUCCUGAGGGACAGACAGGAGGAGCUGAGAUGACUUGCAAUUAGAUGUGUACAGGGAAGGUUGUGCAAAUCUGUAGGAGAAAACUUUUUUUUUAUCUGUGCCAUUCAGUGUUUGUGUGGGAAGUUCUGUACAGUGACUGAAACCAAUCUGCCAUUGCUAAGCACUUGCACAGGUGAAAACACAAAGCCAAGUGAUAAGUUUCAUAAGAGAAUGGGAAAUUACACCCUUGGAAAAUUUUUCUCCACUGGUUUUAAAUAGUUUUGCAGUCUUGUUACUUUCUUAUGCCAGAACAUGCCUAUAUAAUGCAUUAAACAAUUCUUUAUGAAAAAACCCAAGUUCAAAACUUUACAACUUGUUACUGAAACUGAGUUGUUUGAAUUUACUGUUGAUAACUGAGUUCAUUUUUGUAGUUGAAUUUUAUGAGACUUCAAACUUGUAAUGUUUGUUCCAUCUUAGCCAAAAUGACUGUUUUUCUUCUGUACAGAAACUUCAUCUGAUUUGUUUUUCCAUUCAGCCUUUUAUUUAACUAAAAGAUUUUUGUUCUUUUUUAUUACUAGGGCAAUAUUUCUAUCAACUGACUUCUGGAAUUAUUUCUGAAUUCACAUUAAAAGUUAUGUAACAGUGCCUUGAAAGAAGGAAUUUGUUUACUGUAGUUAAGUUCAUUUUUCUCUUUUGCAAUAUGUUUGUUAAAAGUUUCAGAGGAAACUUGACAGCAAAAUCUAUUUUUCUAGUGAAAGACUACUAAGCCUAAUGCUUUUAUCACGCUUGCCUUAUUUUACAUUCUGAUUUUAUACUCUGUGCUCACUCAACUGUUCUGUUGUUUUGCUUGAGCAGUAAGAUGUAUACAGAAAACGCAAUAGCCUCUGUAUGUUUGAUGUAUAUGAAAUAACAAGGAGAGUGGUUAUGAGUAGUGUGAAUUGAUAAUAUUGUACUUACAAAUAAUUCCAAUAAAUUUAACCAUGAAGAAUC